AUGUUGGCCACGCUUCCCUCAGAAUUAUUGGAUAUGGUAGUUGGCCAAUCGUUCCACAUCUAUAUCGGUCUCUUGUCCUAUCCGCACCCGGAGCUAUCGUUAGAUGAUUUAGUUGUGGGUUUGGAGAGGCUACCUUGGAAAUAUUUGAAGUACACACAAGAACUUGGCUUCAGUGUUCCGAUCCAUGAGCGAGUCGAAUCACGCUGUGUACACCACGGUGGCAAUGAGCGCUUCAGUGAUGAGGCUGUUCAGGGUGGGCUUGCUGAAUUUCUUACAGAUGAUGAGAAUAUGGACGAGGAUACAGAUCAGGGUAUGAACAAGAGCCGCAUCGUGGACCCUCUGUGUAAUUUGAGUUCCGCGUUGGGUUCUUUGAGGUUUCCAGAUGAUCAGCUACGCAGUUUCCGGUGGGAGGUAGGAACAUGUAUUCCAGAGGCUCUCUUCUGCGGCAACGAAUCGUUUUUCGGGAACCAAAGACAGGUUCAAUCCAUUACCUUGAUUACGGAUGGUGAAUGUGGUGCGACCAAAAACGUGCAGGACUUCGUGGAUCUUGUCCAAUUCAGAGAAUUACGGUCCCUUGAUUGGAGGGGUUUGAACCAAUAUAACGACUUCGAAUCCGUCAGAGAGUGUAUCAAAGUUCAUGGCCAUCAAAUACAAUCAUUGACACUUGACCUUUUGACCUGGGUUCGUGCGGAGAAGAUUUGGGCUGAUGGAUUCCGCCAACGGACUCCCCAGCGCACAAGAAUUCCUGACAACUUCUUCUCGCAAAAAGUGCUUAACGUCCACCCCCGAGACCAAAAUGUCAUUUUUGUGUCUCUCGAGAAUCUUCAACUAUCCGCUGUGUCUUUUUAUCAUACCGGCAUUGAAAUGGCCUAUGCUUACAAUAUCGAAAGCCUAAAGACCCUCAAAUUGCGGAACUGCCCGGGAUCUCUUGACUGGUUACGAAUGAUACUCGACUCUGUAAAGCCAAUGAAGUUGAGAUCCCUCAAACUUACUGUCGGUCUCAACAGUCUCGAUAGAGAUGCAUACAUGCAUAUUACGGACACGACCUGCAAUUUCAUCCACCAUAAUUCCGGCUUGGAAAGUCUCUAUCUAAUGCUCCGUGAGCCCAUUGAUUGGAACACUCUCACUGUAGUUUGUCAUGUCAUCGUCAUCUCAAGCACCUGGUGA